AUGGUCCGAUUGGAUCUGUCCCCGAGCUACGAGACUCCCCACAGGAUGGGCAAACUCUCCCACAGGAACAUCACCACCUUACCCCCCGAGCUCCUCGACCACAUCCUCGAGUUCCUCGAGCCGACCACAUUAUACCCAUACCUCACCAUCUGCCACACCCUGAGGCCGCACUUCAUACGCUUCCUCUACCGCUACCCCACCGUCUCCUCCCCGAGCGGCAUGUGGGCCUUCGCCCGCGGUCUCUCCGCCAACGCCUCCUCCGUCCGCUCCCUCCGCCUCAAGGGCAAUGCCCGUUACUCGUCCACCGCACCCACCACCUGGAUCCUCGCCGUGCCACUGACGCUCGGCCCGUUCAUCCCCAGUCUCCCUGCGCUCGCGCUCGAGAACGUCGACGGCACCCCGCUCACCCCGUCCUUCCUCCGGGACCUCAGCGGCGCGUGGCCGGACCUCGCGCGCCUCAGCGUGCGCAACACCCGCUUCCUCGACGGCGCCGACGCCUGCGCGCUCGUCCACGCCUUCCCGCGCCUCGUGGGGCUCGAGCUCGCGCACGUCCGGUGGCCCCAUGCCCCGCCCGCGUUGGGGCGCUGGGUCGGCGGCGCGCAUCCGCCGCCGCCGCCAGAGCAGCGGGAACCGGCGCGGGGACUCGCGACGCGCGUGCUGCCGCUCCGGAGGCUCGCGGUCGAGGGCCUGAUGGACGAGGAGUUCGCGGACGUGCUGCGGUGGGCGGACCGGUUCGGGAGCGUGCGCGAGGCCCGCUUCUGGCGGCUGUCCUGGACGCAGGCGGGCGUCGCGGCCGAGUUCCUCAAGCGGCUCGCCGCGCGGGGCCAGUCGCUCGACUGUCUCGAGCUCUGCCCGGACGCGUCGGAUCCAAUUGUGUACUAUCGAAUAAAAGCGUUGUACCCCGCGCUCGCGGCGCAGAGGCGGCUGAGGCGGCUGGAGCUGCAGAUGAGCGUCGACGAGAAGAUCAUGCGGUGGGUGCCGCUGGUGCUCGAGUCGGCGCGGCGGCUGCCGCUCACGCACGUCGCGCUCGAGUUCACGUUCGACCUCUGGUCCGCGAAGCAGCUCUCGGAGCCGUGGCGCGAGGUCGCGCAGUGGGUGAACACGUCGUGGACGGAGACGCUCCGGCAGGUGACGCUCACGCACCAUCCGGUCGGGAACCUGGUCGGGCUGGAGGACGAGCGAGUGGUGAGGACUUUGGAAGUGUGGUUCGACAGUGUGCGGAGGGAUGGGAAACUGGACAUUCAGAUCGGGGAGCGGUAUGCGGAUUAG